AUGCGCGAAGAACCCCAAGCGACGAGGUGGACUUACAUCCUCUUUUUUCCCUUCACUGCUGCACUUGGGUCGACGCUCUGGAACCAGUGGGACGUCUUCGACGAGAUGUUCGAGCAUUCGUGGAAUGGGAAGAUGUGCUUCGUUAUGUUCCUCCUCGCGCUCUGUGCCGCAGUCUUCGACUUUGGCACUAUCCUCGGUAAGAACUUACCCCCAUUCGCCAGUAACAUUACCGCGUGCAUGCCGAUGGUUUUCAAUUUCUUCCGUGGGAUGCGGCUCUACUGCUGA